ACGGCUGUCGUCCGAUUUCCACACACGUCAGAACUGGAAGGAGGAACUACGUCACACCAAUGACGUCAUCAUGGAGUCUCUGGAAGUGGCGCGUUCAUUACGCCAGCUGUGUCGUCAUGGGCGAGCGGUGACGCGCGUAACGACAGGAAGUGUGUUACUGCGCAUGCGCUGUCCUCGCCUCAUCUCUGUCCUUGACCUCUGUCGUCUGCAGACGAGCGGAGAGCUGCAGACGUUGAUGAUGAGUCUUUUUGGCGGAAAACUGUCGUCUGCUAGAGGAGGGCUCUUCACGUUCAGCGUUCGUCUGGAUAUGGCGACAGUCAAAAACUGUCAGGAUUUCUUAGUGGGGAAGUUGGAGAAGAACACGGUGUCAGAGAGUGGAGGGAGGAAACGGUCACCUGUGAAGAAA